AUGAUGAACGAACCAGAAGUCGACGAUGUUGCUUUUUUAACUGGUAAUAACGCUAAGAAGCAAGUCCUGUACUCGGAUAAUUCUGGGACAGAAAAGAUUAGAAGAAUAGUUUGCUCCAAGCAACAAGCAUUUUGUGUAACAGGAUUUGUUCUUAUAUUUUUAUUAAUAAUUGCCAUGGUUGCUUCUUUUGCAAGGCCAAUGCCACGAUGUCCAAUUGUUACUUCUGCAACUGAAUUUCACCACACAACUCCUGCCUCCACGAAUCUGAUACCAACAGCUAAAACCGGCGAAAUAUUUCCUUGGCACGAUAUUCGAUUACCUCCAUUCAUCAUGCCAGUGCAUUAUAACUUAUUUCUACAUCCAAAUUUAAAUACUUUUGAAAAUUCUGGAAGCGUCAACAUUACCUUCCAAGUCACGAUGCAAACUAAUUUCAUUGUGUUGCAUUCAAAAGAGUUAAAUUUGUCCCGCACUGUUGUUUUAGAAGGAGAUGAUCGUACAAUACCAGUCUUGCAGCGUUUAGAAUAUCCAAAGCAUGAACAGCUUUACAUUGAAGUUGAUGGCACAUUGAAGCCUUAUCGAGAAUAUACUUUGUGGAUUGAUUUUAAAAAACAUUUAGAAGAAAAGUUGGAAGGAUUUUAUAUAAGUUCCUACAAGUCAACUGAUGGCCAAAAAAGGUAUCUAGCUACAACUCAUUUUGAGCCUACAUCUGCUCGUUCUGCAUUUCCAUGUUUUGAUGAACCUGCCAUGAAAGCAACCUUUCAACUUACCAUUGUACAUGAUGAAAGUCAUACUGCUUAUUUUAAUGCCGAUGUUUUCCAGACUGCAUCAUAUGGAAAUGGGCUUUCAAUUACAGUAUUUGAUAAAACUGUAAGAAUGAGUACAUAUUUGGUUGCGUUUGUGGUUUGUGACUUUAAGACUUUACAAAAGACAAAUGCUGAUGGAAUAAAUGUUCGUGUUGCAGUUCCUCCUGAGCAACUUGAAGAAGCUCAGUUUGCUCUUGACACAGCUGCUAGUGUUUUACACUUUUAUCAGAUGUUUUUUAACAUUAGUUAUCCCUUACCAAAAAUGGAUAUGAUAGCUAUACCUGAUUUUGGACCUGGUGCAAUGGAGAAUUGGGGGCUUGUAACAUUUCGCAUGACAACUAUUUUGUACAAUCCAUCAGAAACUUCAAGUGAAAGUCAGGAACAUGUUGCCACAGUCAUUGCACAUGAGUUAGCUCAUCAAUGGUUUGGUGAUCUUGUUACUAUGCAGUGGUGGAGUGAUUUAUGGUUAAAUGAGGGUUUUGCAAGUUUUAUGGAGUAUCUUGGAACCAAUCAUGUUGAACCUGAAUGGAAAAUGAUGGAUCAAUUCAUUGUGAGCACUACUCAAGAUGCAAUGUCUUUAGAUAGCUUGGAAAGUUCACAUCCUGUUAUGACUGAUGUUGAUGAUCCUGUUGAAAUUGAGGCAAUAUUUGACGCCAUUUCAUAUAAAAAGGGAGCUGCAAUUCUUUACAUGUUAAAAAAUUUCUUAGGCAUGGAUACACUGAAGAAAGGUCUUAGUGUUUAUUUGAACAAAUAUCGCUUUAAAAACGCUCAAACUGAAGAUUUGUGGGAUUGCUUUACCCAGGUUGCAUUGACUAGCACUCAUUUAAAUGUAUCAAAAAUUAUGGACACUUGGACUCGUCAAAAAGGAUACCCUGUCAUCACUGUAAGACUUAAACAUCGCUUAGUAAUACUGGAACAAAGAAGAUUUCUUUUAACUCCCCCUGAAUAUGAUGAUGCAGCUCCUUCAGAUUUAUCACCAUAUGGCUAUAAAUGGUUUGUUCCUGUUACAUACAUUACAGAUCAAUCUGACAAGGAGAACAUGUUCUGGCUUAAUAUGACAGAUGGACAAUUCUUUUUGCCUGCAAGAACAAAAUGGCUUAAGCUGAAUGUUAACCAGACUGGAUUUUUUAGGGUAAUGUAUGAUGAAGGUUUAUGGAACACCCUAAUCAACUUACUUCGAACCAAUCACAAAGUUUUCAAGCCUGCAGAUCGAGCUAAUCUAUUGGAUGAUGCCUUGACACUUUCUCGAGUGGGGAUUUUAGAUAGUGGUUUGGCUCUUAAUCUCACUCGAUACUUAGAAAAUGAAGAAGAUUACGUUCCAUGGGAAACAGCAAUUUUACAUCUCGAAAUUUUGGAUGUAUUGAUGCAAGAAAGUGCAGCCCUGUCGUUGUUUCAUAAAUACAUGUUGAAACUUUUGAAACCAGUACUUGGAACUCUGGGAUGGGAAGAUGAAGGUGAUCAUUUGCAAAAAAAAUUGCGUUCUGCUGUACUUGUUACAUCAAUGAGAUUUCAUGAUGAACUGACUGUUUCCCAGGCUAAAAAAUACUUUCAAAAUUGGAUGCAGAAUGGCAAAAAAGUUCCUCCAAAUUUACGAAAUGUUGUUUAUGGUGCUGGGGUGAAAUACGGUAGUAAAGAGGAAUGGCAGUUCUGUUGGAAGCAGUACCAAGAAACUCAGGUGCCAUCGGAGAAGCGUUUACUUUUGACUGCUCUUGGUAACACCCAAGAUAUGUGGCAACUAUCUCAGUAUUUGAAUUAUUCUCUGGACAAAAAUAAAAUUCGGCCACAAGAUACGACUUUAGUAAUUGCUGUUGCUGCUCGAAAUCCAGUUGGGCGAUUACUAACUUGGAGAUUUGUCCGUAUGAAUUGGCCUCAGCUGCUGGAAAUGUUUGGCCAAGGCUCAUUUUCAAUGGAUAUGAUUAUAUCUGAGACUAUAUCUCAUUUCAGCUCCAGAUUCGAUUAUGAUGAGGUUAAAACUUUCUUUAGUGGAGUUGAAGUUGGUUCUGGAAUGCAAUCGCUACAACAGAGUCUUGAAAGGAUACGAGCAAAUAUUCGUUGGCGUGAAAAUACUGAAGCCUCAGUCAUCCAGUGGUUGCAGCAAAAUGCCAAUUUUUCAUAA